ACUCGGUGCACUCUUGGGGCAUCAGAACAGCACUCGGAUGAGGGACAGAAGCCUGGGUGAUCGACUCUGAGCUUGAAGACUGAGCUACUGCAGAGGGAACUAAAGAAGAGCUAAGAAAUCACCAUGAAACUUUUCUGGAAAUAUCAGACCUGCCUUAGGGGCUGGAGGAGAGUUCUCAAGCUAUGUGUUCUAAUAGUGCUUUAUUAUGAUAUCUUGAUGUUCCGUGGAAGUGACUGCUGGAGCUACCAUUACUCUGGACGGCCCAUGAACUGGGUCAAGGCAAGAAACUACUGUCAGACACAUUACACAGAUUUAGUAGCUAUACAAAACAAGGAAGAAAUUGCAUACCUGAAUGCUACCCUUCCUUUAAGUCGUACUUACUACUGGAUUGGGAUCCGGAAGGUAGGAGGCAUAUGGACUUGGGUGGGAACAAAUAAACCACUCACUGAAGAAGCAGAAAACUGGGGCAAAGGGGAGCCCAACAACAAAAAAUCUAAGGAAGAUUGUGUAGAGAUCUACAUCAAGAGGAACCAAGAUGCAGGCAAAUGGAAUGAUGACUCUUGCUUGAAAUCAAAAGUUGCACUGUGUUACCAAGCUUCCUGUCAGCCUUUAUCCUGUAGUGGCCAUGGAGAAUGUAUAGAAACCAUCAAUAAUUAUACCUGCAAAUGUGACUUGGGAUAUUACGGCCCUCAAUGUGAGAAUGUGAUUCAGUGUGAGUCUCUAUGGGCACCAGAUCUGGGAAGGAUAAACUGCACUCAUCCAUUGGAUGACUUCAGCUUCAGCUCCAAAUGUACCUUUAGCUGCUUAGAAGGAAGGUACUUAGUAGGUUCUGAGGACACAACAUGUGAGGCAUCUGGGAACUGGUCAUCUCUCCAGCCAGUAUGUCAAGUGACUCAAUGUGAGCCUUUGGCGGCUCCAGAAUAUGGAAUGAUGGAAUGCAUUCACCCCCUGGGAGAAUUCAGCUUUACCUCCAAGUGUAAAUUCAGCUGCUUAGAACAAAUGGUAUUAACAGGUACUGAGGAAACUACAUGUGAAGCAUCUGGAACUUGGUCAUCUCCAAAGCCAACAUGUCAAGGAACUUACUGUGAGCCUUUGAUGACUCCAGAACUGGGAAGUAUGAACUGCACUCAUCCCCUGGGAUAUUUCAAUUUCAGUUCCAAGUGUACUUUCCGCUGCUUAGAGGGGAUAUCCUUAACAGGUGCUGCAGAAACUACAUGUGAGACAUCUGGAAAUUGGUCAUCUCCAAAGCCAGUAUGUGAAGGGUUAAGAAAUAUUCUAUCACCUAUCAAAGAGGGUAAUUACAAUCCUAUCUUCAUUCCUCUGGGAAUUGUAGUCACUUCUCUUUGUGGGCUGGCAUUUAUCAUCUGGCUGGCAAGGAAGCUAAAGAAAGGCAAGAAGUCCACUAAAAGGCCUGAUGCAUACUAAAUUGUUACUUACUAGA